AUGAGACUUGUCAUUAGAUAUGUUUUCGUCAUCUUGGUCGUCAAUGAAGGGUCGCAAAGGAUAGGACCGAAGAAAGGUCGUGCUGCGAUCGAGUGGCGCCCAGAAGUGCGAUGUGCCCGAGCUUGUGCAGACUCGUCUGGUCUCGCGCGUCGUCCGACUACGGCUCGUCCGUGGACAGGUCAGUCUCGACCAACCACAGCCCGCCCGCAGACAUCGGCAUCGACGAGGAGCGAGGGUAAUUAUGUUAUAGCGGUAUUGGAAGGGAGGGGCGUCGCCCGCGAAGUUGGCGUAGCUGCUCUCAAUAGGGACACUGGUCGUGUUUCUUUGAUUCAACUCGCCGAUUGUCAAACAUAUGUCAAGACUUUGCAUCAAAUGCAUAUACAUUAUCCUUCUCUCAUUCUAGUACCCGACACCUUUCUAUCCUCUGCUGAUGCGUCCGUAUAUGCGUCCGGGAAUAGGUCGGCAUCGACGUCCAUGCUAGUUCAGUGCAUACAGGAAGAGUUUCCCGACGUUCCUAUCGACCCUGUGCUCCGGAAAUAUUGGAACGAAACCGCUGGCUUCGAAUUCAUCAACCAACUCUGCGUUGAAGAUAAUGAGCGAGCCGCUACCCUCGUCGCUUCCUCUAACAAAUACUAUGCUCUCUCUGCUGCCUGCGCCCUUUUCAAGCACGCGGAAACCAAGCUAAACACCCGCUAUGCCGCCUCUUCGCUCAGUAUACGAUUUGUCCCAGUAUCUGGUACAAUGAUGGUUGAUCCUGAAACGGCUCGGAAUCUCGAGUUGGUCGGCAACAUGACUCGCAAGAAGUCCCCUCAUUCCCUGCUCGGGCUCCUGAACCAUACAUAUACAGCCAUGGCUGCGAGAUUAUUGAGGGUCAAUUUGCUCUCGCCAAUAACGGUCCAAAGUGCAAUCGAAGCCAGAUUAGACGCAGUCGAAGAGCUCAUGCAAAAUGAAGAAACGUUUACUGCUGUCAAAGAUGCAUUGAAAACCCUCAACAAGAUGGAUUUCGACAAACUCAUAGCUUGCGUGAGACCUGCAUCAUCUCGAGUUGCUCAGAUCCUCAAUCUCCGUAACGUUGUCCGCAACCUCCCCAACUUGCAGAAGGCUGUUGCUGGGAGUAGGUCGGAGCUUCUUAGGAUCAUAUGUGAAAUGAUUUCGGAUGAGAGGCUAGCCACGAUCGAGGAACGCGUCUGCCAGAGUCUGAACGAAGACGCGACCCCUUCGAAGGCAUGCGAUCUAUUAUCGUUCCAUAGUGCAGCUGUAAACGCUCGAGUAUACGCCGUCAAGGCGAACUAUAAUCGCCUGCUGGACGUUGCUAGAGAAACGUACAAGGAGAACGUCGGGGACAUAUUUGCCCUCAAUCGUGACCUGUCUGCGGAACAUGAUCUGCCCAUAACGCUAGUGUAUCAAGAGACAGGUUUCGUCUUCGCUCUGAAAAAAUCUGAUUUGGAUGGCGAGUUACCAAGAGGUUUCAUCAAUGUCACGAUGCAGAAAGGGAGGUGGCUCUUCUCGAGCAUGGAGCUGAAAAAGAGAAAUGCCCGAAUGAAAGACGCCCUGGAUGAAACGCUCAUCCUGAGUGAUAAAAUUAUUCAGGAUCUUCUUUCUGAAAUACUCGUAGAUGUCGGGGCCUUGUACAAGGCGUCCGAAGCGGUUGCGUUGUUGGACAUGAUAUGGGCCUUUGCCCAUGCUUCAAUACUGCGACCAGAGUUCACUGGUACGUUGGCCAUCAAAGCCGGCCGUCACCCGGUCCUCGAGACGGUCCAAUCUUCGGGUAGCUUGGUCCCGAAUGAUGUCUACUGCUGCGAGGCAUCCUCUUUUCAGAUCGUACAGGGACCGAACAUCUGUCCAGGGAAGAGCACGUACUUGCGCCAAAUCGGUUUGCUCACGGUGAUGGCCAUGUGCGGUUGCUUUGUCCCCGCUGAAUAUGCAAGUUUCCGGAUACACGACGCCCUCCUCACUCGGCUGUCUAACGACGACGACAUAGAGAAGAAUCUCAGUACCUUCGCAAAUGAGAUGGCUUGCUCGGCUAUGAUACUAGGCCUCGCCACAGCAGACACCCUGGUCUUGGUUGACGAGCUAGGACGAGGCACCUCACCCAAGGAAGGCGUCGGAAUCUCCCAUGCCAUUGCUGAGAGCUUGAUACAGACAAAAUGCUUUGUAUUCUUCGCAACGCAUUUCCACGAGCUUUCGACGACGUUGUCUCGUCAGCCCCCGGUAGUAAAUCUGCACCUAGCGGUACAGAAAUCGCGCCAGUCUAGCUCCAAUUUUGGGAUUACCUUCCAAUACAGGAUCAUAGACGGUGUACCGGAGGACUUGGAUCACUAUGGGUUGGACAUGGCGCGCCUCGCGGACUUACCCCAAGAUGUCAUGGUAGAAGGUAGGCGUGUUGCAGAGCAUUUAGCGGCGCUCGAAGCUAGACGUGAAGAGCAAAGCCAAACAAGCAAAAUAGCGGUCCGCCGGAAGGCGCUACUCAGGCUUCGCAGUCAACUUACGCAAGCCCUGCAGCAUUCUGCACUGCCCGAGGAAGAUUUGGAAGCUUAUAUCGCCCGGUUUCAGAAGGAUAUAACUAGGGUUCUUCAUGAGACUGUCAAUGUCGGAUGA